AUGGCGGGCAACGCGACAUCGCAAUCGCGCUUGCUUCAGCUACCUGGAGAGCUGCGUAACCGCAUCUAUGACUUCGCACGUGAGGAGGGUCCCGUCGGCGAGCAGAGCACCACCCGCAGCCAGCCACUUUUCCUCGGUCUUACGCAAACUUGUCGCGUCAUCCGCAACGAGUACCGGCCUACCUAUAUGGCAUACACGAUGUUCUCUAUGCGUCUCCUCGACGCCUACACCUUUAUCCCAGCUUAUGUGAAGCCGCAUGGUGAGGACUCUCAUGGCUGCAUGCUCAUCAACUUCGACUACGGCUUCAGCAGCAUCGAGACAAACGUCCUUCCGCUGUUGAAGCAACUGCGGCGGUUUUCAAGCUUAACCGCCGUAGCAACAUGUUCGGACAUCACGAUCCAGCACGCCUUCAGGAUCCUUCUCAGUGCAUGUGCAAGAGAGUGGUUUGACGAUAUUGCUCCACUGGUCACCCGUAUAACCAUCAAGAAAAAUGCACCUAGGCACAUCGACCAGGCACCAAGGACCAUCCUCAACUGGUAUUUGAAGUGCACAGUCGCUAAAUCCCCAUUCUUCUUAUCGGAGAAUGCGAAUGUCAUGGAUAUCUGGGCGUGGGAGCAGCGCUGUUUCCAAUGGCUUUUCCUGGAGAAGGACAUGAACAUGCAUGGGCUGGAGGUAAAUUUCCGUCCAUUAUGGUCUGGAUUCUAG